AUGAAGCCCCUCAACAAGGAAAACUCAAAAAGGUUAUUUUCUCGUAGAGUAUAUGGUUCCGAAGAUAACCAUCCAUCCCAAUUUGAAGAAAGCUCAGCUGAAAUUCUGAAGAAGUGUGGUGGACUCCCACUUGCGAUCAUUACUAUAGGUAGCCUAUUAGCUAAUCAUCCUGAAAGGUUAAGGGAUGAGUGGGAGAGCAUUAGGAAUUCACUUGGGACCCAGCUUGAGGUAAGUCCCACAUUGAAAGGGAUGAAUGGUAUAUUAAACCUUAGCUACCCCCAUCUUCCUCUUCAUCUCCGGGCAUGUUUUCUGCACCUUGGUAUAUAUCCAGAAGACCGCGAGAUUGAGAGGGAUGAUUUGGUUCGACGAUGGUUAGCUGAAGGAUUAGUCAGUAAUUUGCAUGGGCAAGAUAUGGAGGUUGUUGCAAAGAGCUAUUUUAAUGAGCUUGUCAACAGAAGCUUGAUUCAGCCUGAACGUACAGAGUAUGGAGAGUUGUUAUCGUGCAGAGUACAUGAUAUGAUACUCGAUUUGAUCCUAAGCAAAUGUCAAGAGCAUAAUUUUGUGACAGUUGAAUGCAGCUCUGAAGGCAUGGCAAGAGAGCAUGGACGGAAAUACAUGGUCCGUCGUAUAUCCAUGAACUUUAGUGGUGGUGGCACAACAGAUGAGACAGCAUCAAGGACCAUUCCUUCUAGCCUGUCACAAGUUCGGUCUCUUGCACAUUUCGGAGGAUCCAAGUAUAUUCCCCCUCUUUCGCAUUUUAAGUAUCUCAGGGUGAUUCUCUUUAAAAUUUGGGGGGAACUGUUCGAUGAGACAAUCGAUCUCACUGCUAUUAGCCAAUUGUUCCAACUGAGGUAUUUAAAGGUUUCAGUUGAACAAAACAUCAAGCUCCCUACUGAAAUACAAGGUCUUGUUCAUUUGGAGACACUGGAUUUAAAUUGCAAUUUGUUAGAUAUCCCAUUAGAAAUCCCAGCAGAUAUAGUUCACUUGCCCUGCUUAUCCCACUUGAUAGUUCCAUACAGGACCAAGCUGCCUAAAGGGAUCAGAAACAUGAAAUCAUUGCGCACUCUGUAUGGAUUUGAACUGCGGUGGAGCCCGUUGGAGGAUAUCAAGGGACUCGGUGAGUUGACCAAUCUGAGGUGCCUGUGGCUCUCAAGGAGUACCAUGGGCUAUUGUGGGGGGAUAGAAGGGGCUGUAGCUUUGGCGUCUUCCAUUGGAAUGCUCCAUGACCUCAGAUAUCUCUGCAUCAUUGGCCAUUUCUUUGAUGAGAGCUGCCGGGUGGUCUCAUUAUCAGAUCCUUCGUGUCAUAUCAAAGUACUUAGACUGAGUGGUUGGAGGAUGCCUAGAGUUCCCAAAUGGAUUUGUGGUCUCCAAUGCCUCUCCCAGCUAGAGUUGGAUGUUGAGCUGUCCACUGAGGAGUUUCACGCUCUUGGUGAGCUGCCCUCUCUCGUCUUCCUCAAUUUGUGGGUGUUUAGUAUACCUGAUGGCAGCGUUGUCAUUUUCCCGGCGGGGUCAUUUCCAGUUCUAGAGGGGUUUGAAUGCCGAUCAACGCAUGAUGUUACCUCAUACCUGGCCUUUGAGGCAGGUGCUAUGCCCAAACUACGAUCUAUCGCACUACAAUUCCGCAAGAGUAACUGGGGCGGCGCUACACCACUUGGCUUGGAGCACUUGUUGAGCCUCGAGCAUAUCUUUGUUGUAAUCAGCGGUGGCCUCGAAGAAGUGUGCGGUGAAGCAGAGUCUGCGUUCAGGAACUGUACACAGCUGCACCCAAGCCGUCCUUCCUUUACCCUCUCCGAUAUGCCACUAUAA